GCCCGGAGCGCGGCAGCUGGGAAAAACAAGACGAAGUCGGCGGGGAGCGGGUAGUUGAUGGCGGUCAGGCGGCGGCGGUGAUGAUGAUGAUCGGGGCGCUGAAAACUCCCGUGCAGAGUCGCUCGAAAGUAACUCAGCAGGUCCCAAUGGUCGGGAAGGGUGUGAAGCGAAAGCGCCUUGCCGAAGGGGGCCUGGACUCCUUCCAGAAUCUGGCCGACUGCCCACAGUCCUACAGCCUCAAGCGGCAGCUGGUGCUCAACACCUCACUGAAUAAGAUGCAGAGCGGGCGCGCGCUGCCCGAGCUCAGCCUCCGGCGCACCGUGCUGAUCGCCAACACCCUGCGGCAGAUCCAGGAGGAGAUCCGGCUGGAGAGUAGCCAGCUGGUGUCGGCCAUGGACUUGGAGGUGGGCGGGGCGGAGCAGGGCGUCCCGCGGGAGCCCUUGCCUUCGCGGCUGACCACAGAGAGCUACCCGGCCAGCUUUGGGGAUGGCCUUGAGGACUACAUGGCCAUUGCCUCCGACGAAGACUUCUCCCUGUCCUCCGCCAUUAACUCCAUUCUCCGGGACCUUGACCUAGUCAUCGACGGGAGCCCUCCGUUGUCGUCCCCACAGGACGCGGUAGAGACAAUGGACCUAGCAGGGGAAGAGGGAGCUCAAUCCUCAGAUCCUCCUAGACCCCUGGAGUCGGUGUUUGGCAGUUUUGAGAUCAUGAGCUCCAGCUACCUCGUAGGUGUGACCUUGGACGACCUCUUCCUCGACAUUGACACGUCCGUGUGCGACUGCGACGUAGCGGGCUCGGUUCCCGGCGGCCGGGUGGCUCCCCCGGGCCCGGCUGAAGAUUCAGGCAAGAGUUUCCCCUCGUGCAAUUCCUCGUCGCUUGGGGCCAGUCCGAGUUUAAGGACGGACCUAAAUGACCUCGAUCACAUCAUGGAAAUCCUGGUCAGUUCCUAAGGAGCCAUUAUACUGUGACAGGACACUAACCUCCACUAGCCAAAGAUGACGCCUCUCACCUAAUACCCCACUCUUUCCCAUCGCUCCCCCCAGAAAAAAAAUCCCCUCUAUGACUUGCUGGAGGGGAGGUAAACCAGUCCAGCCCCAUGGCUCACGAUCUACUCAGGGCCCUCAAUCAGCAUGGGGCAACACCUGUAUUCGGUGAGGGAAGGUGGAAGGGACGAGGCUGUAACUUUUUAAAACAAUCGAUUUAGGUACUCCCAAGAUCAUUGAGCGAGUGUGCCUCUAGGCCACUGUGCAAGGUCCCAGGUGAGGUAGAUCAAGGGUUUUUCACCUGGCAAUGCGGUUGGGAGAAUUUUUUUAAAAACUAAUGAUCGUAUUGAAUGUGCAUUUUCUCUCUGGAUUCUGCUUUUUAGUUUCUCCGCGAGUUCAGUUUUAAGGCUCUUUUUUUAAAAAAAGGAAAAGGGAAGACAGAUCCUUUUCGCGUCUCCAUUUGAACAUGAAGAAUUAAGAAUGAAGCCGGUCCAGGUAUAUGCUGCUGGAAACCCAUUCCAGAGAUCUGGCUACCACGUAGAGGGGUCUCCUGCCCUCGUCAACAUCUAUCUCCCUCUCCC